CCGCCCCCUCUCGCCCGCCGCCCUCUGGCGCGAGAGAGAGACGCGCUGGGUUUGUGCCGGAGCAGAGGCUGCGCCCGGGGUGAGGGCGCUGAGCGCCUGCGGGUCAGCUGAACCCUCAACAGUUUUUACCUUCUUGCAGGAGCAGCAGAAAAUGAACAUAGCUCAGGGAUCAGUGUCAUUUGAAGACGUGACUGUGGAGUUCACCAGGGAUGAGUGGCAGUACGUGGGUCCUGCUCAGAGGACCCUGUACAGAGAGGUGAUGAUGGAGAACUACAGCCAUCUUGUCUCCAUGGGGUAUUGCAUUACCAAACCCCAGGUGAUCUUCAAGUUGGAGCAAGGUGAAGAGCCCUGGUCCUUAGAGGAAGAAUUCCUAAACCAGAGGUCCCCAGGAUAUUACCAAGUUGAUGUCCACAUUGUGGGGAAACAGGAAAAACAAGAGAAACCUCUGUGGCAAGUACUAUUAAUUGAUAACAAGCCAUUGAGUAAAGAAAGGCAGAAAAUUUUAGGAAAACCAGUUAAUCCGGAUAUAACUCCAAAUUUUUCAGGAAAAAUGCCCAGUAAAUGUGAAUCAGGUAGAAUGAAUUUCCCACUUGUUUCUGACUUAAUUAUUAGUGAUAGGAACUAUUCAAAAAAGAAGGUUGAUUACAUGAAUUUAUGUGAAAAGUUGCAGCUUGGUAUUAAACAUGAGAAAACUCAUACUGGAGAGAGGUCUUACAAAUAUAAUAAAAAUGUGAAUGCUCUCAGUCAUACGAAAGAUCAUCAGAAAUUUCAAACUCUGGAGCAACCUUUUGCAUGUAAUGAAUUUGGAAAAAUUUUACGUGAUAAAACUAUGGUCUGUGUUACAGUUAAGAGUUCUCUAACAGGAGAGGAAUCCUGUAAGGAUGAUGUAUUUAGGAAAAGCUGUGAUAAGGCAUCUCUAUUUACCCACAUGGGAACUGGCACAAGAGAGAAAUGCUUUGAUCUUAAUGAACGUGGGAGAUCCUGUGACAGAGCCACCAUUGUGGAAUACAAUAAAGUUCACAUGGCUAUGACACACUGUCAAUGUAAUGAAAGUGGAAAUAACUUCAAUAGGAAUUUACCCCUCAUUCAGCCUCAGAGAACUGUUACAAGGCAUGGUGCUUUUGAAAGCAGUAAGUGUGAAGGAAACUUGACCCAAAGCUCAGCCCAUCUAGUACAUCAGAAGACAAAAACUGGAGAUAAGGUCUGUGUUUUAAAUGGAUGUACAAGUGCCUCCUACCAGGACUUAGACCUUAAAAUACAUCAGAGAACUCAGACAGAAGAGAAAUUCUACCGAUAUGAUAAACAUGGGGAAUCCUUACAUCAAAACUCACUCCUCAGUAUACAUCAGGAAAGUAACACAGAAGAGAAGUCAUUUGAAAGUAAUGAAUUCAGGAAGUUCUUUUACCAGAAAGUACACCUCAAUAAGCAUCAGAGGGACUACUCAGAGGAGAAAACUUACGAGUGUAAGGAAUGUGGGAAAUUGUUUUGUUCAAAUUCACACACUAUUCAUUUUCCUGGAACUCAUAUGGGGGUCAGUCUGUAUGAGUAUAAUGAAUGUGAGAAAACUUUCUGUCAAAUGUCAAACCUCAGUGAACAUCUGACAAUUCACGCAAAGGAGAAACCUUAUGAUAACAAUGGAUGUGGGAAAUCUUAUAAGACGGCUGCCCUCUUAGUACAACAGAGAACACACAAACAGAUUAAACUCUAUCAAAGUAAUGAAUAUGGGAAAUCAUUCUCCAGGAUGACAGAGCUCAGAAAACAUCAGAAAAUUCAUGCAGAGGAGAAACUCUAUGAGUGUAUUGAAUGUGGGAAAACUUUCUCCAAGAUGUCGCAUCUUAGAGCACAUCAGAGAAUUCACAGAGUCAGAAAACCCUAUGAAUGUAUUGCAUGUGGGAAAUCUUUCUCUAACAAGACACACCUCAGUUCACAUCAGAGAAUUCAUACAGGGGAGAAACCUUAUGAAUGUAAUGAAUGUGGGAAAACCUUUGCUGAUAAUUCAACCCUCAGAACACAUCAGAGAAUUCACACAGGGGAGAAACCCUAUGGAUGUAAUGAAUGUGGGAGGUCCUUCGCCCGUAAUUCAGCCCUCAGAGUACAUCAGAGAAUUCAUACUGGGGAGAAACUUUAUGAAUGUAAUGAAUGUGGGAAAACUUUUUCCCAGAAGACACACCUCAGUACACAUCAGAGAAUUCAUACAGGUGAGAAACCCUAUGGAUGUAAUGAAUGUGGGAAAACUUUCUCCAAGAAGUCGUACUUUAGUGGACAUGAGAGAAUUCACAAAGGAGAAAAGCCUUAUGAAUGUAAAGAAUGUGGGAAAACCUUUGUCUAUAAAGCAGACCUCAUAGUCCAUCAAAGAAUUCACACAGGAGAGAAACCCUAUGAAUGUAAUGAAUGUGGGAAAACUUUUUCCCAGAAGACACACCUCAGUACACAUCAGAGAAUUCAUACAGGUGAGAAACCCUAUGGAUGUAAUGAAUGUGGGAAAACCUUCUCCCAGAAAUCAUACCUCCGUGGACACGAGAGAAUUCACAAAGGGGAAAAGCCUUAUGAAUGUAACGAAUGUGGGAAAACCUUUGGCUAUAAAGCAGCACUCAUAGUCCAUCAAAGAAUUCACACAGGAGAGAAACCCUAUGAAUGUAAUGAAUGUGGGAAAACUUUUUCCCAGAAGACACACCUCAGUACACAUCAGAGAAUUCACACAGGGGAGAAACCUUAUGAAUGUAAUGAAUGUGGGAAAACUUUUGCUGAUAAUUCAGCCCUCAGGGCACAUCAGAGAAUUCACACAGGAGAGAAACCCUAUGAAUGUAAUGAAUGUGGGAAAUCUUUCUCCAAGACCUCACACCUCAGAGCACAUCUGAGGACACACACAGGGGAGAAACCCUAUGAAUGUAAUGAGUGUGGGAAAACUUUCUCCCAAAAGUCAUAUGUUAGUGCACAUCAGAGAAUUCAUACAGAGGAGAAACCCUAUGAAUGUAAUAUAUGUGGAAAACCUUUUGCCCAUAAUUCAACCCUCAGAGUACAUCAGAGAAUUCAUACAGGUGUAAAAGCCUAUGAAUGUAAUGAAUGUGAGAAAACUUUCUUCCAAAAAUCACACCUUAGUGCACAUCAGAGAAUUCAUACAGGGGAGAAACCCUAUGAAUGUAACGAAUGUGGGAAAGCUUUUGCCCAAAAUUCAACUCUCAGAGUACACCAGAGAAUUCACACAGGGGAGAAACCAUAUGAAUGUAAUCAAUGUGAGAAAACUUUUGUUCGUAAGGCAGCUCUUCGAGUCCAUUAUAACAGAAUGCACACCAGAGAGAAAAACCUUCCAUGAAUUUGGGAAGUCCUGAAGAAACUCAUGACUUAUUAGACAACACAUAAUGGAGUAGGUCAUGUCACAUAGACUGACAAAUUGUUUGCUUUAACUAUUUCCUUUUCUAAUAGGCACAAGCUUGUCUAAAUUUCCCAAUCUGUCCUUCAUUUGGGUGGGGCUGGUCAUGAAUUAUGAUGCUAGUACAUUUCAGCAAAGUUUGACCUUAAAAAGUCACCUUACAUCCUUCCUGUUCUUUGUUGUACUGGAAUGGAGAAAUUUCCAUGGCAGACUUGUGUGCUGUGUAUUGAACAUAGAGUACAAUGUGAAAGAAGUUAGAUUCUGUAUAAUGGUGAAACAAUUUUCCAUUAACAGAUCUUCCCCUGUUAUUUUUUUCCUAAAGCAGAAAUUAAGUUUGUACUGUGUUGAGCUCUUAAAGAUUUUGGUUUAUUGGUUAAAUGCAUAUAGUUUAGCCAAUUAUGUUAGAAUGGGGUGAAACCUUUUAACCCUGGGUCAUUGGUGCCAAUUCAGCACUGAUAUGAAUCCAGUUUGGGGUGCAGUGGGGAAGGAAACUUGACUCAGUGUUAAUAGUGGUACAGCAUGGUUGUGAAACCAGCACAGCUGUGAGGCUGCCCUGGGGCUAGGUCACCCUGGGGGCAGGACUCUCUUCUGCUAGGCAGCUUUGGUCUGCUCUGGGACCAGAGACAUUGUCCCUGUAUGGAUGGAUAGAAGUCCCCACCCUGGUCCCUGAUUGGUCUGUCCUCAUGCAAAUGAGGAAUACAAAUCCUCAGUUUGAUUGGUCCAAAGGCACUGUCCUGAUUGGUCAGAAUAGAGCUGCUUUAGUUGGAUGGAGAAAGCCUCAAUCCUAUUAGUUGAAAUAGGGUUCCAGGAAAUAUUUAUAGGGGUUGGCUCAGAUGGCAGGCAGUUUAAUGCAGAGGCUUCUCCAUGAAGUGCAUUUACAAUGAGUCCUCUGUGCAGAAAUGGCUGCUAGGCUCUGCUUUUAUUUUAGCAGAGUUAGCCACCAGGAGCCCUUCUUAGUGCCUUUUUGCCUUUCAGGGUUCACAAACCCUGUAAAUAUAAUAAAUGUCAGAAGACCUAUCAGAAUUCAACUUGUCAUUGUACGUUAGAGACUUCACAUGAGGAAGGCAACUUCUGUCAGUAUCCUGAAUGAUCAGAUAACCUCAUUAAAAAUGAGAGAAAUCUCAGGGAAAACACAAAAGCCUUUACUUCCAAGUGAACUUCAUUAAACAUCGAAUAAUUAAGAUUAGAUUAAAAUUUUAUAUUUUGAUAAGUGACAUUUUUAACACAUUGAGUUUGCAUCAGAUAAUUUUUUUCUAAGAAAAUGUAUCAGUUUCAGAAUUGGUAAAAUCUUCACCUGGAACUGAUAUACUAAAACAUGUUUUAUAUGUAAUAUUAAGUUUUAUAGAAAAUAUGUAAGAAAAUAUUUACCUAUGCACAAACUCACUGUGGAUAUUUUAAAGAUAGAAGAAUAACUUGAAUUUUGUGGACACCACAAUAAAUGUUUGUGACCAGUCUCUGA